UCGAUAGUGCGAGCAGCUAGCUAACAAAAACCAACCACUCAUCAACCCGGCAUCAAAACCGAAAAAGCGAGAAAGAUUCGCCUAUCCUUCAGCCAAAUUUUUGUAGAGUAGACGCCAACGUAUGCUAAAAUGACACAGAUAAACACCAAUUGGAUCUUGGCAUUUUUCGGCGCUCUUGUGGCCUUGGAAUUAGUAAAAAGCUCUGAAAACAAUGAGUACAUGAAGCGAGAACACAGCCUAGUGCGUCCAUUUCAAGGCGUUGGCGUUAUACUACCACACUGGGAUUUUUUGGGAAACACAAUGGUUACCAGUAACUAUAUAAGACUGACGCCGGAUUUGCAAUCAAAAAGCGGUGCGCUAUGGAACUACUCGCCCGUUAUGGGACGCAAUUGGGAAGUUCACGUUGGGUUCAAAGUACACGGCAAGGGCAAUGAGCUCUUCGGCGAUGGAUUUGCCAUUUGGUAUACAAAAGAUCGCAUGCAAACAGGUCCUGUAUUUGGAAGCAAAGAUUAUUUCUCUGGACUGGCAAUUAUUCUGGAUACAUACAGCAAUCAUAAUGGGCCACAUAAUCAUCAGCAUCCCUAUUUGAGUGCGAUGGUUAAUAACGGCACCUGGAGCUACGAUCAUGACAGAGAUGGUACACACACACAGCUGGCUGGCUGUGAAGUGCGAUUCCGUAAUGUGGAUUAUGAAACGUUUAUUAGCAUACGAUAUGAGAACGACGUGUUGUCCGUUUCGACGGAUCUCGAGAAUCGAAACGAAUGGAAAAACUGUUUUGUAGUUAACAAUGUGGAGCUUCCCACUGGCUACUACUUUGGCUUGUCGGCAACAACGGGCGAUUUGUCCGACAACCAUGACAUUCAUAGCUUCAAGUUCUUCGAUAUAGACACAACUAUCACUCACGAGGAGAUCAUGCGCCGUAGCAACAUUAUUCCAAAUGCUAAAACAUUUGAACCGCCGCGGGAACAUAAAGAUGAUCCGAAGCCGGGAAUGUCAAAUGCUAAAAUAUUUUUCAUACUCCUCUUCGUAGUCCUAGUGACGGCAGGUGUGGCAAUAUUUGCCAUAUCGUAUUUCAAGGAUCGCAAUGCGCGAAAACGAUUUUACUAAAAUCGACAGCUUCAACUGCGACA